GCAGUUGGCAAACAUGUCGGUCCGUGAUGUCUAUUUUUUGCAAACGAACAUAGCGAAGGAGCAUCUUGUUGAAUUUUUAUUAUAAAUAAAUAAAUGCUCCUACAAAUGUCAACAUGUUUAGGAAUUCUCUAUCGUGGUAUAUUUUCGUCGUUUCAAUAUUCGAAUUAAUAAUCAAAACCCAUCCGACUUUACAUGAUAGUAGUCAUGGAUUUGUUAGCAAAAAUCCGAGAUAUUUCGACGACGACUUGUAUCUGAACGUUUUACAAGAGGAAUUGGGUUUACCAAAAAAAUCUAGUCAUGUACCACAAAAAUUUCAGCUCAAAUUCGAUUCAAAUUUUCUCGAUUGCAAAGCAAGGCCAAAGGGACAGCUCGUAUUUGAUCCAUUAAUUAUUUUAACUUCUGAUAAAAACAGUAGCAAUGAUGCGACAUCAGUAUCCAAAGAUACUGUUAACGUUUUUAAUUCAUUAUUUCAAAACAGGAUUAUCGGAGCCAAUACCUUUAGCCAUUACAGGAUACGGCCAUUGGUUGGUAUCAAACUACCGUUGAAUUCAACAUUUGCACCUUUAAUUUAUUUGCACAACUCACAUUUGGAACCAUUGCAGAUUGUUGAAAUUCACAGCAGCAGCAACAAAUUUAAUUUGGAGCUUCCGAACGGCGAAGAGGAAGGAUCCAAUUUUUUGUGGGAAAUCCCUCCGCACGAGACGAAAGCUAUAAUUCGAGUGCAUUUCUUUGCUCACGAAUUGAAAAACUAUUCAGCCAGUAUCAGAAUUAGAUUGCAUAAACCUGACAGGACGUUGAUGGUGCCUGUGGAAGUUGAAGUAACUCCUGAAAUGCAACUAAUUCAUCCGAGAGGCUACAUAGAUCUGGGUUUAGGAGGUAAUUACGAUCCUCCUAAAGAAUUCAAACUAUGCCUACUCAACCCAAACAAGAAACCAGUUAGAGUGCAUAGUCUCACCACUACUUCAAAAGCUAUCAAGAUAAAAUAUUACAAUAUAAGGAUACCACCUGCAAUAGAGUUGCAAGACUCCAUGUCACAGUGUGUCGAUGUUGCUACUCUAACCGUUGACUGGAAGACUGCUUACGAAACCAAAGAUUUUUCGGGAAAAAUUGUCGUUAAAUUCAGAAACGGCAGAAACAAAUCGGAAAUAUUUUAUCAUAUGGAUGUCUUGAAGGGCGGUUUGACCUACGAUCCGUUGAUAACGACCUAUUUUAUAAACGACAAAGCUAACGGGCUCUCGUUGAGGGCGUUCAAAGUGAAAAACCAAUUCAACGAUUACAUUUACAUAUUAGACGUACUUUUACCAGCUGAUAUUCAGUCCUAUUUUAAGGUAAAAGUUCUUACUCCCAAGAUAUUGAAGCCCGGCGAGGAUGGAAAUAUAUUUUUCAUCGAGUUGAAAAACAACAUGAGGCUCUCUGAUUUACAGCUGCAAUCUCAAAUAGUUAUACUUACAAACAUUUCCGACAUUAAAGUACCUUUGAUCAGUUACAAUGGAAAACUCCAAGUCCACUUGCCCUUCAAAAGUAAGGACUAUUCCUUAGAUAUCGGUCUAGUGGGAUUCAACGCUAGAAAAGAAGUGUACUUUAUGAUUGUUAAUGUGAAUCCCGUAACGCUAAACUUGAAACACAUUCAUUCGUCCAUUCCCAUGACGAGUGCAGAAGUAAUAGGUUGCGCUUCGGGAGAAUACAAACUUGCACUGUUCUCUCCGUCUUUUAAAUAUCUUAAAAAAUGUCACAAUUUAAAAGCUGGCAAUCACGCGAUAAUAAAAGUGACGGUAGGCACGACGCAAAUCGAGGGGCAAGUCUGGGGCGAUAUUUACGUAGAAACGCAGUUCGAAAAUCUGAAAGUUCCUGUUCAUUUUAAAAUCGCUUCAGGAAAAUUGGAAAUCGGUCCAGAUAAGCUGAUAUUCGAUCAAUGUUUUCCGGGGAAAGUAUGCUCACAUCCCUUGCGGAUUUAUUCCACAUUUAAUGAUCCUAUGAUUAUAUUGGAUAUUUUAGCCAUACCGCCCGAUAAAAGAAUUAGUAGCAGACAUACGGGUCAUAUCAUAGCGAGAACCUCUAAAAUAGUCGGACAUUUAUUUUUUAAUCCGGACUUGGAAUGCCGCUCUGAAUGCUAUACGGGAUUGCAAAGCGAUACAACGGCUCAAUGGUUGACCAUAUUCAACUUCUCGAAAUACGUGGCAGACUUCGAUCUCCAUCUUAUAAACACCUUCUACAAUCGGUACCUUAAUGUUACAUCGCACGGAAUGAAGAAAUGGCAAAAUCUCACCUUGCGUUUGGAUACAACCGAAGUAAAAGGCCACAUAUUUAAUUCGAGAGUGAAAAUGAGCUGGCCUCGGUUGAUCGUCGAUCCGAAUUUGUACGAAAAAGCUACCGUCAAUUUCCCGCUCACGCAGGUCGGAAACGUCACCUAUCACAACAUCACCAUCAAAAACCCGGCGAGCUACAACGUGGUGGUGCAACUGGUCUUCGACAGAGACUACCCGGGUUUCGAGACCCUCUACGCGGCCAUGCCGCCCAGUCUGGUGAUCAAAAUGAACGACAAGCACUCCUUCCGCGGCUUCUUCUUCCACAACAGGACCAGAGAAAGGCAACAGCAUCAGUUCUUCAACAUGCUGGGCGUUCGAGCGCACAAAGAAAGCAUCCCGGUGCUGCUGACGCCCGGCCAAACGUACACGUUUCCCGUCGGUUUCUACGCCGAAGACGCCGAAUUCCAUUCGGCCGUGUUGCUGUUGCGCAACAAUCUCACCAUACUGGAAUUGGUGAGGUUGAACGCCAGAGGCGUGCAGCCCACGUUCAAAUUCGGCAAUCGCAAGCCGGGCUCGGCGCAGCCCCUGACGUUCGAAAUGACCGACAGGCACUUCCACGAUUGCGAGCGCCAGAGAUUGUAUCCCGAAGAUUCGAAUUUCAGCAUCAAGAGAACGUUCACGGCGAAGAAUAUCGGAGAGGUGACGCUGUACGUCAAUUCGUUUUACAUAAACAACUACCGUUGCGAGGGCUACGGUUUCAGAGUUUUGAAUUGCGAACCGUUCGCUUUGCAUCCGAAUCAAACAAAGAAGAUCGACAUAGCCUUUACGCCGGAUUUUACUUUAUCGAAAGUAUCCAGAACGUUGAUUAUAUUGACGAGUUUGAACGUACCGGUGAAUUACACGCUCUUCACGACCAUCCCGCCGGUUUAUUUGAACAUGUGCUCGGAUGUGAUAUCGCGACCGACUUGGGAGAUAUUCCUCAGUUAUUUAACGGUCGUUUCGAUGGCGGUACUUAUUAUCGUUAUACUUUGCUUAGCAGCUAUAGACGCCGAACGUAUCAGGCAACAGGCCAUCAGCUCUUUCAUCCUUCCCAGUAGCAUGACCGUUCAGCCCGUGCUAGAUUUGAGAUUGGUGGGCCAGCAGACUAGGGAGGAAAUACAAACGUCGAAAAUCGCCGCUGCUCCUGUCAAAGAAGAGAAGAAAACUGAAUGUACCGAGAAGGUUGCGGAAAAGGAAGUCGAAGUGGAGGUGAAACCGAAACCGGAAUUGGAAAGAUACACGGUUCUGGUGCCUACGACGGGGAAAGUCAAAAAGAGAUUGGCCAACAGAAACGGCGAGGAACGCGCGCAAAACGAACAGCCCGAAACGCACGCCGGAGCCGGCGAAAAUAAAGAGGAGAAACCCGACAGAAAGAAGGAAAAAUACAACCAAGAAAACAAGUACAAAUCUAAGGACGCCAAGGAAGCGACUUUAGACGAUAAAGAUAAAGAGAAAGAAAAAGAUAAGGAUAAGGAUAAGGAAAAGAACGUGAAAGAAAACAAGAAAUACUGUAACAAAAAAUACGCCAAAAACAACAUAAUAGUACCUGUAUACCUCGAAGAGGAGACCUCGUCGACGUCCACCGACAGCAGCGGCGGCGUGAACGAGGACCCCGAAAAAGAAAACAACCAAAGACCCUCGGCCAAGCUGUGCUCGAAGACGAAAAGCCCUAACGCGAAGCGAGACAACGCGAAAAACGGUUUGGUUACGGAAGCGAAUCCCAAUCAUACCGCCGAACUGAAGUACGUCAAUUGCAACCAAAGCGGCACCAAAUUCAGGCAUCAAAAGACGAUCGACAAGAAAGCGAAAAUCAACGAAAAACAGAAGAAAGAAUGCAAGGAAUACGAGCCGAUCAAUCAGAAAACCACCGAACAGUACAAUCAGCCUAUUGGAAAACACGGCCAUCCACGGGAACUUAAAAAGCGCGAACGAAUCGUCAAAGAACGAAAAGAAAAAGUGCACCACCGAAAAUCCUUGGACAAAAUCAAGCAAGCCGAUCGUUCGGGCGUUUCAAACUCUUCGAAUAACCCGCCGAACGCGUUCGCGACCACUCUAACAACCGCGAAUAACGGCGCCAACGCCGCCCAGGACGGUCACGAGCGAUACAACAAGAACUCGCCGACAUUCAACGUGCCGCUGCCGCCGCCGCCGCCGACGACCACGGUGAACACCGUGUGGGGCGAGAGCUGCGCCAAGUUCAGCGACGUGGUGGCGCGCAGCGAGCCUAACUCGGUCGCGCCCGCCAACAAAACGGUCGGUUCGGCCGUGGCGCCGCCGCUGGCCAAGCUGGCCGUCGCCAAGCCGGCGGCGUUCGUGGAGCCCUACAAGCAGGCCUCGUUGACGGAGCUCGGCCCCAUCGGGUCCAGACGGUCGGACAACAGGCGAUCGUCGGCCGAAGCGGGCCAGGAGGCGAACGGCAGACGGAAGAUAGAGUUAAACGGUAACGCGUUGAAUUUGCUGGUCGGCGACGGGGCCAACAGCUACUUUUCGGAUUCGAUCCGCUUGGACAACGUCAUCAGGGAGAACGGCUUCGUCAACGACUUGAACGCCAACAGUUGGAAUCCGCACGAGAGCUUCGGAAACGUAUUGGAUACCUCCGAAUUCGCAGCGGCCGCCGAUAGAAAUACCAUUAUGGAAGAAGAAAAUAUUAACGGAGAAACGGACCCCUGGAACCAAAACUUGUUAAAUACAAGUACCUAUUGGGACAGUUACAAUCCGCUGUUGGGCGACAAUCCCCUUUUGAACGGCGCCAAUUCCCUCUUGGAAGACAAUUGCCUGUUGAACAAAAACUCGCUAUUGGGAGACGGUCCUCUUUUGGGCGAAAAUUCCUUCUCGAAUAACGACAAGGAGGUGGUUUCGACGCCGUCGAACGUUUACUUGUGGGGAUCGUCGUCGGUUUGGCAACCUUGGGCGCCCGAAUGUACUUCUAAUGCGAGCAGAACGCCCACCACAACACCGCCCGUUUUCGAUGAAUUCCUGUCCCGAACCGAUGAUUGUCUUCAACCGCAAAUACCACAUGCACGAGAAAACUACAGUCCUUUCAAUACAUCACCUCUGUGGACACAACAGCAGCAGAAUCCAUGGAACUACUCUCAGGGACAGUAAAAUUGUAAAAUAUAUAAAAAAAAUCAUAUCUACUCAUUUGUUGGUCCUUUGCACUUACAUUCCUCGUUUUGGAAUCAAUUGAUUGUGUUUUUCUUAAGACUGUAUGUAAUAAUGUGAAAAUACUCAUUUGUGUAGGCGUUGUUUAGUCCUACUCUUGUCAUAAUUUUUCAAUUUAAUUAGAUCUUCGGAUUAAUGGUAAAAAUUAUCUUCGAUAAACGUUAAAAACUGAUCUCUCAGUUAUUAAAAGUCGAUCCCUAAAUAAAUGUUAAAUAAGCAA